GGACGGGCCAAGAUGGCGGCAGGCGACGAGGAAGGGUCUGCGCCGGAGCCGGAGCAGGAACCGGCGGCGGAGGAGCCGCGGAGCUUCAAGGACUUGGGAGUGACAGAUGUCCUGUGUGAAGCUUGUGACCAGCUGGGAUGGAAGGUGCCAACGAAGAUCCAAGUUGAGGCUAUUCCAGUGGCUCUCCAAGGCAGAGAUGUCAUUGGACUGGCAGAAACUGGCUCUGGAAAAACAGGAGCCUUUGCUUUGCCAAUUCUCCAAGCACUGCUGGAAACACCUCAGCGGUUAUUUGCUCUUGUGCUCACACCAACAAGGGAGCUGGCCUUCCAAAUCUCAGAGCAGUUUGAAGCUCUUGGAUCCUCCAUUGGUGUUCAAAGCACGGUUAUUGUGGGUGGAAUUGACACGAUGUCUCAAUCUCUGGCCUUAGCCAAGAAACCACAUGUUAUAAUUGCAACCCCUGGCCGUCUAGUUGAUCAUCUGGAGAACACAAAGGGCUUCAACUUACGGGCUCUGAAGUUCCUAGUGAUGGAUGAGGCUGACCGGAUUCUUAACAUGGAUUUCGAGACAGAGGUGGACAAGAUAUUAAAAGUGAUUCCUCGAGACAGGAAGACAUUCCUCUUUUCUGCCACCAUGACCAAGAAGGUUCAAAAACUCCAGCGUGCUGCUCUGAAGAAUCCCGUUAAAUGUGCUGUUUCUUCCAAGUAUCAGACAGUUGAAAAACUACAGCAGUACUACAUUUUCAUCCCCUCCAAAUUCAAGGACAGCUACCUGGUUUAUAUCUUGAAUGAACUGGCUGGUAACUCUUUCAUGAUAUUCUGUAGCACAUGUAACAAUACUCAGAGGACUGCUCUACUGCUCCGCAACCUGGGGUUCACUGCCAUUCCCCUCCACGGGCAGAUGAGUCAGAAUAAACGUUUGGGCUCUCUAAACAAGUUCAAGGCAAAGGCACGUUCUAUUCUGCUGGCUACUGAUGUUGCAAGCAGAGGUCUGGACAUCCCACACGUGGAUGUGGUGAUAAACUUUGAUAUUCCUACCCACUCUAAGGAUUACAUUCAUCGUGUUGGGAGAACAGCUCGAGCUGGGAGAUCUGGCAAAUCCAUCACCUUUGUUACACAGUAUGAUGUAGAGCUGUUCCAGCGCAUUGAACACCUGAUUGGCAAGAAGCUGCCAGCAUUCCCCAUGCAAGAGGAAGAAGUUAUGAUGCUGACAGAGCGUGUGGCUGAGGCCCAGAGGAUUGCUCGAAUGGAGCUGCGGGAGCAGGGAGAGAAGAAGCGAUCUCGGAACGAUGAUGAUGACACAGAAGAGGCUAUUGGUGUCAGGAAUAAGGUGGCAGGAGGGAAAAAGAAGAAAAGGAAAGCCUUCUAGUUUGGUAUUUGACCAGACUUUUUUAUUUUUCUCUUUAUGGCUGUCUGAGCUAUCAAAAACAGUCUACCAAGCCAUCUCCAGUGGAUUUUUUUUCAGAACUACAUAUGAAAUUUGACAGUCCCUGAGGAAAAAAAACCUGAUUUUCUUCACCAGCUACAGACUGAGCUUGGCCCUGUUAGUACCAUGGUAUAGCAGUUUUCCUUUCAGGGACACCGUCAGAGACCAUCACCUCUGGCCUGGAAGCAGCUGUGGUCUGGCCCUGCUCAUUCACUACGAAGUGCAGUGUGAGUGCAGCUUUUGCACUGCUGCAGCCUGUCCCACUAUCCAAUCUCACUGAGUGCAUCUGGAAUCAGAUCUGUCAGAAGAAAAAGUUUAAGUGACUGAGUUUUCACAGCACAGCUGUGAUGCCCUUGCCUUGGUGAAGGGAUGUGUUACAUUGAGAACUCAAAAUAUAUUUUGCUUAAUUUUGAAGCUA